GUUAGUGGGCGCAGACAUAGUUGACAGACACCGUGGGUCAUUUGAUUUAGGUGAUGAAACCGGAUCAACAGCACUAGAGAAAAUGAAACUGUUUACAGAUCAAGGAAAUUUUAAGUCUUUGAAAGUGAUAGCAGCUCUGGAGUUGACUGGACUGCCCUAUACACUCGAGAAAUGCGGUCAUGAAGACCGUGUGGUUCCAUACCUGUCCAGUCCCUCCCUACCUGUUCUAGAAGUCAGUCUUCAGAGGUUUCUCUUCUCCCCCAAUGCUGCAACAAGGUAUAUAUUAAACACAAAGUCAGAGGAGGAUGACUACAAUGUAGACAAGUGGUUGGAGUGGGAAAGUUCACAGCUUCAGCCCUACCUAGUUCGCUAUCUUGUCAGUGUUAUAGUUCACAAGAAACCAGACACAGAGUCUCUCAACAGAAUACAACAGCUUCUCAAGUUCCUAAACGCUGAACUCAAAAGUAAAUCUCUGACAAAGAUACAGGACUCGGCAGCUGACCUAGUUCUGUGGGGUUCCCUGUUCCCAGUGUUCAAGGGAGCAGCAGAAAUUAAAGGUUGGGAGAGCCAAUACUCAAACAUCAAGACUUGGUUUAACUCAGUGAACAGUCUGCCGUGUUGUCAGGCAGCUCUAUCUAAAGUUAUACCUGGGGAAGACACCACCUGUCUAAAGGGUUCACUGAGUGCUCAGCCUGUUCCUCUUCUGGAGCAGGAGACCAGGUUAGAAGAACCAGUCCAAAAGUCAAAACCACAGAAAGGCAAGAUGGAAAAACCAGCAGAAAAUACUGCAGCGGAGGAGAGUCUGCUUGUUAAAGAAGCCUCAGCAGAGGAAAUUCAGACUGCCAAAGAAUCUUGGAAGACCGGCAAGUCAAAAUGUCCUCUACCCAGAGAGAGGAAACACCCCAUUUUACCAAAUUCAGGGGAGAGAAAUCUUUUGAUCACAAGUGCUCUCCCUUAUGUAAAUAAUGUGCCUCACCUUGGUAACAUUAUUGGCUGUGUUCUUAGUGCUGACGUCUUCUCAAGAUACUGUCGUCUGAGGAACUAUAACUGCCUGUACAUUUGUGGGACAGAUGAAUACGGAACAGCCACUGAGACGAAAGCCAUCGAGGAGGGGAUAACUCCGCGGGAGAUCUGUGAUAAAUACAACAAAAUACACAGAGAAAUCUACGACUGGUUCAACAUCUCAUUUGAUAAAUUCGGCAGGACUUCUAUACCAGAACAGACUAAGAUUGCCCAGGAAAUAUUCUGGAAGCUAGAGAAGAAUGGAUUUAUACUCAGGGACAGUAUAGAGCAACUGCAGUGUCAAAAAUGUCUAAGGUUUUUGGCAGACCGCUUUGUUGAGGGCACUUGCCCACUCUGUGGCUAUGACGAUGCCCGUGGUGAUCAAUGUGACGGGUGUGGGAAGUUACUGAAUGCUAUCGAUCUAAGAGACCCUAAAUGUAAAGUCUGUCAGGGAAUUCCAAUGGUCAAAUCUUCACAACACUUGUUUCUGGACUUACCAAAGAUUGAGAGUAAGCUACAGACUCACCUUAACACAGUGUUUGAUAAAGGGAUCUGGACAAACAACGCUCGGGUCAUCACGAACUCGUGGUUGCGGGAUGGACUCAAACCGCGCUGUAUCAGCCGAGAUCUCAAGUGGGGCAUUCCAGUACCCUUAGAGGGAUUCACUGAUAAAGUGUUUUACGUGUGGUAUGAUGCUCCAAUUGGAUACAUAUCGGCCACAGCUUGUUACACUGACCAGUGGGAAAAAUGGUGGAAAAACCCCAAACAGGUUGAGCUGUUUAACUUUUUGGGUAAAGACAAUGUUCCCUUCCACUCUGUGAUAUUUCCCUCCACACUCCUGGGAGCUAACGAUAAUUACACAGUUGUCAACCACAUGUCAGCGACAGAGUACCUGAAUUAUGAGGAUACAAAGUUCUCCAAGAGUCGAGGGACAGGGGUGUUUGGUCACAUGGCUAAAGAGACCGGAAUCCCCGCCGAUGUCUUCAGAUUUUACCUGUUGUAUGUACGACCAGAAUCACAGGACAGCAGUUUUAGCUGGGACGAUUUUCAGCUGAAAAACAACAGUGAACUUCUGAAUAACUUAGGAAACUUCAUCAACAGGGCAUUAAUGUUUGUCAGUAAUAACUUUGGAGGAGAGAUUCAGGAGAUGAACCUGACAGAGGAAGAUUUCCAUCUGUUGGCUCUAGUCAAUAGAGAACUGCAGACCUACAUAGACAACAUGGAGCAAAUCAAGUUGAGAGAUUCGAUCAGAAAUAUUCUAAGUAUAUCAAGGCUGGGGAAUCAGUACAUGCAGGCCAACAAACCCUGGGUCUUAGUGAAAGGCAGUCAGACAGACAAAACUCGUGCUGGUACUGUGGUCAGUCUCUCUGCUAACUUGGCCACUCUUCUGUCCGUACUCGUCCAGCCGUACAUGCCGAGGGUCAGCGCGACCAUCCAGGAUCAGCUGAAGACGCCGGACGAGUGUAACGUCAUCCACCGGGUGUUUGUGUGUCAUCUCCCACCGGGACACAAAAUAGGCAAGCCCAGUCCUCUGUUUGAAAAAAUAGAGGCUUCCAAAAUUCAGGAGAUGAAGAAACGAUUCGAGGGGGAACCUGCUCCGCAGAAAUCCUCCUCCAAAAAAACUGCUUCAGGAAGCACUGAGGAGAUUCAGAAACUGAAUGAUGACAUUACGGCUCAGGGUAAUGUUGUGAGGGAAUUGAAAGCUAAGAAAGCAGACAAGGCUGUGAUUAAUGAGGAGGUGACAAAGUUACUGGCCCUGAAGAAACAGUUAACAGACAUCAGUGGAGAACCAGCACCAGGGGGAGGCAAACAAAACAGCAAACAGGCAAAGAAGGGGGGAGACAAACAGAAUAGUGGACAGGCAAAUAAGUCAGCAGCCAAGGUAAUGGAGAAUAAGAAAGCUGAAGCACCUGCAGUGAAUGGAGCUGUUGACAGUAAAGAAGUAGAGAGGCUAACUGAGGCUGUAGCUCAACAGGGAUUAAAAGUGCGGGAUUUGAAAUCCCAGAAAGCAGAGAAAUCACAGAUAGACUCCGAGGUGGCAGUGUUACUAGAUCUAAAGAGACAGCUAGCAGUGGCCCAGGGUCAGGACCCAGAGGCCCUCACAGGGGGAAAGGGGAAGAAAGGCAAAAAGAAAUAGAGGCCCUCAAAGGGUGAACUGGAAAAAAAGAGAAGAAAAGGCUAAUUUUAUAAUAAUUAUAAAGAAAGGCAAAAACUGUAAAAAGAUGGGAUUAAGUGAUGGACCUAAAUAGGUGGAUUGUUAAGAAUGUUCUUAAUACGUGAAAAAAUUUGACUUUCAAAUGAUCAUCAGGAUGAAACACAAAUAAACAAGGAUAUUCAAUUAUU